UGCUGCAGCAGCCGCAGCGCCAGCCGCGGCUCGGGCUCCGGCUCCCGGGCAUUUAAAGGGGACGCGGCGGCCACCCGGGGGGAUGGGGGGCAAGUGGAGGGGACGGCCCAGGCGAUCAUCAUCCUCCUCUUCCGAGGCCCCUCGGGACUGGAGGUCCUCGUGAGCCGGAGUCCAGAAAUCCGGGGGUGGACAAGACACCGCGUCCCCUCCAAUUCCUCUCUGUUCCUUCUCCCAGACUCUUCCUGGUCUCCACAGAAGGCUCUGAUUACUGCUUAGAGGAACUCUGGACGACGGCUGCAGGCAAGAGGGGGCCUAGAGGUAGUACCCAGGUGAUGCGCCACGAUGAGUGGGUGUUUUCCAGUUGCCAGCAUCCGGUGCCUGUCUAGGGUCCUGGAAGUGCCAGCGCCUCUGGCUGUGGCCCGCUAACCAGCCUCUCUCCUCCGGCCGGCUCCCGCCGCGCCCCUUCUCGCUUGCCCCUUCCUCCGCCUGCGCCUCCUCCCCUGUCUCCUCCUCCUCCUCCUCCUCCUCCUCCUGCUGCUGCUCCCAGGACGGCGGGAUGGCGACGCAGGGCUCGCCCCGCUUCCUCCUGACCUUCGACUUCGACGAGACCAUCGUGGACGAGAACAGCGACGACUCGAUCGUGCGCGCGGCGCCGGGCCAGCGGCUGCCCGAGAGCCUGCGGGCCACGUACCGCGAGGGCUUCUACAACGAGUACAUGCAGCGCGUGUUCAAGUACCUGGGCGAGCAGGGCGUGCGGCCGCGGGACCUGCGCGCCGUCUACGAGGCCAUCCCCCUGACGCCGGGCAUGAGCGAGCUGCUGCAGUUCGUGGCCAAGCAGGGCUCCACCUUCGAGGUCAUCCUCAUCUCGGACGCCAACACCUUCGGCGUGGAGAGCGCGCUGCGGGCCGCCGGCCACCACGGCCUGUUCCGCCGCAUCCUCAGCAACCCGUCCGGGCCCGACGCGCGCGGGCUGCUGGCGCUGCGGCCCUUCCACGCGCACGGCUGCGCGCGCUGCCCGGCCAACAUGUGCAAGCACAAGGUGCUCGGGGACUACCUGCGCGAGCGGGCCCACGACGGGGUGCACUUCGAGCGACUCUUCUACGUGGGCGACGGGGCCAACGACUUCUGCCCCAUGGGGCUGCUGGCGGCCGGCGACGUGGCCUUCCCGCGCCGGGGCUACCCCAUGCACCGCCUCAUCCAGGAGGCGCAGAAAACCGAGCCCAGUUCUUUCCGUGCCCACGUGGUGCCCUGGGAGACGGCUGCCGAGGUGCGCCAACAUCUGCAACAGGUGCUGAAGACGAGUUGAGUGAGGGCCCCCCACCCACCCCCGGUGGGUCCUGCGGCGG